GAAACUCAAGCGGUCCUCUUCAUAACCUGCACUAAUGAUGGAGAGGUCCGACAAUUCCACUGCACCUGACAUUCUGUUCCUGCAGAAGGCAAAUGUGGUGUCCCAAAGCGACCAAAGUGAUGGCAAGGCUUACCUAUACAUUUUGAUAGUCAUGUCUUUUUAUGGUGUAUUCCUUUUUGGCAUAAUGCUGGGCUAUGUUCGUUCAAAAAGGCGAGAGAAAAGGAGGUCAAAUAUAUUCAGGCGCCUGUUGCACGAGGAGGAAAAACGGGAAUGGGGAGCGUUAAAGAAAAAGCACAGCAUCACCUGGCCCGCCAUCUCGGGGCUAUGCUCAGGACAGGCAUCGCUCCCUUUCUCCCCAGGAGUUUACGAGGGCAAGGUCUUGUCCCCGCUGGCUUGUGCUUUGUGUUCCAUGGAGCAAAGCAGCGUCAGUUCACUAUGCUCCUCCGCCGACGUGCACUUUGCUAUAGAAGAGGAGUCUGAUAGUGGAACUGUGGAGAGUCCCGAUGAAGUUUUGAAAGGAAGUUCGGACAACAGCGACGACUCAGCAGGACUGAAAUAAUUGUAAAGCUGAUAACAAUGGAGACUUUAUGGCUGUCCGCCUCAUAUAGCCUACCCGAAGCGUGGUAAUUGACUGGCCAACGUUUAGCUGGAGAAGAACUUGACUGCUCCUGUCAAACAGUCCUGAGCAUUGAAAUAUACCUGGAACCCACUUGAAAGAAACUGGCAGUUUUGUUCCUAUUGAUUGACGUAUAAUGCCAAUUUGUAACUUAGAAAAUACACUGAUCAGUGUUGAUAUACAAUAACUGUAGGUUUACUUGAUGCAAAAUAUGUACUGUAAAUAUUGGUUAAACUAUUUUCCUCUAGAAUAAUAAAUGUUUAAAAAGUUUGACAAUGACUGAGAUUAUCGGGAUUUGCAUUAUCUGAAUUUACCAGAAGGGGGCAGUCCUGCAUCUGCAUAGACUCCAGUAAUGAUGCCAGAAACCAGAAUUUAGCUGGAGGCUAGUUACAUGGCCUGUUGAAACUUCAUUGCUGUCUGUCAUUGGUUUAUAGUCAUAUCCAUAUAUAAUGAAUGGCUAAAUGUUGUACUUAUAUACAUUUGAUAUUCUUCUAAUUACAGUAGUAGAUGCAGUGGCUGAUCAA